AUGUUGGCCGGUCGGUCAGCAAAGGACGGCUAUCGGACUGUACGUGAGCGCAGGACUCUGUAUCUGGAGCAGUGGACGUCCCAGGGCGCUGGGUCUGGAGCAGUGGACAUCCCAGAGCCUGAUGACCAGGGAAACCUGUUUUCUUCUGACGUUAAGAAGAGUAAGUGGCAGCGGCCUCCGGUACCAAAGAUCAACCCGAAAGAGGACAGCAUCACGUUCCAGCAGGUGGAGCUCGAGUACUAUGUGGGGACUUAUGUCGCUGGAAUGCCUGGGAAUAGGCAGGGUCCCGUUCCUGUUACUCGAAUGUUUGGAAUUACAAUGGAGGGGAACAGUGUGUGCUGUCACAUCCAUGGAUUUAUGCCAUAUUUCUAUGUCCCGGCACCUGCUGGUUUCAGUCCAGAACACCUCCAUGACUUUCAGCGGGAGCUGAACAGCAUUGUGAUUAAGGACAUGAGGUCAAACAAGGAUAACAUCUCUCAAGUGGUACUGGCAGUCGAUAUCUGUCAGAAGGAGAGUAUGUACGGCUACGGAGGAAACACAAAGACACCAUUCCUAAAGAUCACAAUGGCACUGCCUCGCCUAAUUGCCCCAGCUAAACGGCUGCUGGAACAAGGAUUCUACUUUGGUUCAAUGCCAAUGAGCAACUAUCAGUCAUAUGAGGCCAACAUUGACUUCGAAAUCAGAUUCAUGGUGGAUUGCGAUGUUGUUGGCUGUAACUGGAUUGAAUUACCCGCUGGGAAAUAUCGGAUAAGGGAAGACCAACCUACAGGGCACAAUCGCAAGAAGGUGACACUGGCACAGAUGGAGGUAGACGUGGCCUGGACAGACUUCGUCAGCCACGCCGCUGAGGGCGAGUGGCAGAAAAUCGCUCCGCUCCGUGUGCUCAGCUUCGACAUUGAAUGUGCCGGCAGGAAGGGUAUUUUCCCGGAGGCUGACAAGGACCCUGUGAUACAGAUCGCCAACAUGGUACUGCGGCAGGGGGAGAAAGACCCCUUCAUCCGUAACGUCUUCACCCUCCGGUCUUGUGCCAGCAUUGUGGGGUCACAGGUCUUCUGCUUCGAGAAUGAGAACGAGCUUCUGAAGGCUUGGUCGGAGUUUAUCCGAGUGGCCGACCCUGAUAUAAUUACCGGAUACAAUAUUCAGAACUUUGACAUGCCGUACUUGAUCAACAGAGCACAAGUGCUCAAGGUGUCAACUUUCCCAUUCCUGGGUCGUAUUCCCACCUUAAAGUCAGUAAUCCGGGAGACCGCAUUCCAGUCGCGUCAGAUGGGUCGCAGGGAGAACAAAGUCAUCAACACAGAGGGAAGAGUGCAGUUUGAUCUCCUGCAGGUGCUGCUGCGAGACUACAAACUCAGGUCAUACUCACUCAACGCUGUCAGCUUCCACUUCCUGCAGGAACAGAAGGAAGAUGUCCAGCAUUCGAUUAUUACAGACCUGCAGAAUGGUAAUGAACAGACUCGAAGGCGGCUGGCUGUUUACUGCCUGAAGGAUGCCUACCUGCCCCUCCGGCUGAUGGAGAAGUUGAUGUGCGUCAUUAACUACAUGGAGAUGGCCAGAGUUACAGGGGUACCUCUCUCCUACCUCCUCUCACGUGGCCAGCAAAUCAAAGUCGUUUCUCAGUUGCUCCGACAGGCAAUGAAGCAUGACCUGGUGAUGCCUGUGGUGAAGACAGAGAGCGGAGAGGACUACACUGGGGCCACUGUCAUUGAACCCGUUAAAGGUUAUUAUGAUGUUCCAAUUGCCACCCUGGAUUUCUCCUCCCUGUACCCAUCCAUAAUGAUGGCACAUAACCUGUGUUACACCACUCUGCUGAGGCCAGGGGCUGUGGACAAGUACAGUAUUUCUUCAGACAAAUUCAUUAAGACUCCAACAGGCGAUCAGUUCGUCAAGGCAUCAGUCAGAAAGGGUCUUCUUCCAGAGAUUCUGGAAAAUCUUCUGACGGCCAGGAAAAAGGCAAAGACAGAACUAAAGAAAGAGACAGACCCAUUCAAACAAAAGGUGCUGGAUGGUCGACAACUAGCACUGAAAGUGAGUGCCAAUUCAGUGUAUGGUUUCACUGGAGCCCAGGUUGGCAAAUUACCUUGCCUGGAAAUAUCACAGAGUGUCACUGGAUUUGGGCGACAAAUGAUUGAGAAAACGAAACAGCUGGUUGAAUCGAAGUACACCAUUGCAAAUGGCUACAAAGCAGAUGCCAAGAUUAUUUAUGGUGACACAGAUUCUGUGAUGUGUAAACUGGGGACACAGACGGUGGAAGAAAGCAUGGCACUCGGUCGCGAGGCAGCUGAGUGGGUCUCGAGUCACUUCAUCCCCCCUAUUAAACUCGAGUUUGAAAAGGUGUAUUUCCCUUACCUGCUCAUCAACAAGAAGCGCUAUGCUGGUCUAUAUUUCUCUUCAAGCCCGAACACCCAUGAUAAGAUGGAUUGCAAGGGGAUAGAGACGGUGAGACGAGAUAACUGCCCAUUGGUGGCCAACCUGAUCAACACCUGCCUUCAGAAAAUCCUAAUUGACAGGGACCCCCAAGGAGCAGUGGAGCACGCCAAGGACGUUAUUUCUGAUUUGCUAUGUAAUCGGAUCGACACCUCACAGCUGGUGAUUACCAAGGAGCUGACGCGGACGGCCGAUGAGUACGCGGCGAAGCAGGCACACGUGGAGUUGGCAGAAAGGAUGCGAAAGCGAGAUGCCGGGAGCGCUCCUAACCUUGGAGACAGAGUUCCCUACGUAAUCAUCAGUGCUGCAAAAGGUGCGGCAGCCUACAUGAAGUCGGAGGAUCCGAUCUAUGUUCUGGAGAACAACAUUCCGAUCGACACGCAGUAUUAUUUGGAGCAGCAGCUUGCAAAACCCCUCUUGAGAAUCUUUGAGCCCAUCCUGGGAGAAGCCAAAGCUGAGGCUGUGCUUUUGAAGGGAGAGCACACAAGAUGCAAAACUGUGUUGACGUCAAAGGUGGGCGGUCUUAUGGCCUUUGCAAAGAAACGAAGCACAUGUAUAGGAUGCAAAGCUGUUUUGAAUGAUGGCGGUGCUGUCUGCAGUUACUGUAGAUCUCGUCAAUCAGAGCUGUAUCAGAAGGAGAUAUCUCAGUUGAAGCUGCUGGAGGAGAAGUUUUCGCGCUUGUGGACACAGUGCCAGCGAUGUCAAGGCAGUCUGCAUGAGGAAGUACUUUGCACCAGUCGAGAUUGCCCCAUAUUCUACAUGCGGAAGAAAGUGCAGAAGGACCUCGGUGAUCAGGAGAAGGUGAUGGUGCGGUUUGGACCACCAGCCUGGUGAGGUGAGGAGCGGAGCGGGGCGCUGCCAUCAGGAUGAGGAGAACAGAGCAGCACUUUUCAAACCCCAAUCUAUGGAGACUCUUUGUGUGAAGGAUCUGGAGCCAGCUGUAUUUCUCCACUGACUACCAUUUUGUGAGAGGUUUAGCAGAUACAGGUUUCCCUGAUGUUCUGAUUGAAAAUACCUUCCUAAUAACCUUAUAAAACGUUCUGUGUCUGAUGUAGCGCAGGCGUCCUUGUGUGGAUAGUAGCAAGUUGUGGGAUGUUUGUGUCUAAACGCUUAUCAGGCCAAGGAGAUGACUGGUCAAAUAAAAUGUCCUGAUUUUUGUUCCCAAGAGCAUCACAGUGAAGAGCAAAUUGUCAAUGAUUAUUUUUAUAAAGUGUUGGAAUUGGUACGUUUGUUUUGUAAAUGCACCAUGUUACAAGAAGUUGAAUUAUUAUUUUGUUACCCGGUUCAUUGGCUGAAUUAUUAGAUCAAUGGAUUUCUUGCAGCAUCUCAUCUGCAUGAGAAUUUGAAAUGAAAUGCUGCUUCACUCCAAAUUAAGGAUCAGUAAUGUUCAGUAGGUCGAGGGAUUUGUUAAGUUGGAGGAUUUUUCCCCAUCUACAACCAUUUAGUACAUUACUGCCUUUUGCUGUCUGUCCCCCUUCAUAUCAUGGGAGAAAGGAUGGAAGCAAUGUCUAAGCUAUGAGGUGAACCAAAGGUCACAGGAGAUAUUGGCUUAAAAAUGGCGUGAGAAACCAAAUGGCCUCAAUUUUAAUUGUAAAUUUCCUAACUAUGAACAGUACCCCAUCAUCCCUGUGUGUAGUCAAACCAUCAGUGCCACACAGGGCCACAGAGUGCUGGAGUAACUCAGCGGGUCAGGCAGCAUCUGUAUAGAACAUGGAUAGGUGAUGUUUCACAGA